CUGUUAGAGCCGCACACAAGGAUUAGAGGGUUGCCGUGAGUGUCUGCUCACAGAAGAAGAAGAAGAAGAAGAAGCCAGAAGACCGAAAGAGAUAAAAGAAAGGAAAAGAUCUCCAGAGGAGGUACAGCCCUGCUCCUGUGGAUAAGUGAGCUGAUUUACCUUCACUCGGGCUCUACCUCUCGCCUUCACGCCAAGCUGAAACCCCUCUGCUGAGCCUUCACCUGACGGGGGGGCCGGUGGGAGGAGGACAGAUAUACCAAGGGGCCGUGUAGCCUGGACCUCCACGCGGGGAGCCAUGUGAGCGGCGCCCCUCCGCCCGCCUCACACUACAGAAGUCUCCCCCCCCCACACACGCACACACACACACACACACACUGGUCCGGCUCUCUGUGCUGGGGAGCACGACCGGGAUACCUCCCCAACACCCCCUACCCCCCUCCCCCCAUCUCUGGCCCACUAUCAGGGCUCGCGUGGAGGAAAGCGGGAGACACUCCAUCUCCGUGCACUGGUCCGGGGUGUGAGUGCCCCCCUGGUCUGGAGGCCGGCCGGCAGCACUCCAGCACCAUGGAUUACCUGUUUGGGAUUGUAAUGCUGCUGUGCGGGGCGCUGCAGCCGGGAAGGGGUGCUGAGCCCAAGCCCAACGUGCCCAGGCUGAAGCUGUCAUACAAGGAGAUGUUGGAGUCCAGCAACCUCGUCACUUUCAACGGCUUGGCCAACAGCUCGAGCUACGACGCUUUCCUAUUGGACGAGGAGCGAGGGAGACUGCUGGUCGGAGCCGAGGACCACAUCUUCUCAUUCGACCUCGUCAACAUCAACAGAGAACACAAACAGAUUGCGUGGCCUGCCACCCCGUCCAAGAGGGACGAAUGCAAGUGGGCCGGGAAAGACCUCGGGGAGUGUUCUAACUUCAUCCGGGUCCUCCAACCCUUCAACCAGACCCACCUGUACAUCUGUGGCACAGGAGCCUUCCACCCCAUCUGCUCCUUUCUGGAAAUGGGGAAGAGGGCAGAGGAAAACAUCUUUCGACUGGCCUCGCAUUUCGAGAACGGCCGCGGGAAAAGCCCCUACGACCCCAAAAUGCUCUCAGCCUCGCUGCUGAUCGAUGGAGAGCUGUACUCCGGCACAUCUGCUGAUUUCAUGGGAAGGGACUUUGCCAUUUUCCGGACCCUGGGAGACCAUCACCCAAUCAGAACAGAGCAGCAUGAUUCAAGAUGGCUGAAUGACCCCAGGUUCAUAGGCGUUCACUUGAUCCCAGAGAGUGACAACCCCGAAGACGAUAAGAUCUUCCUCUUUUUCAAGGAGAACGCCAUGGACGGCGAGCACACUGGCAAGGCCACCAUCGCCAGGAUAGGACAACUGUGUAAGAACGACAUGGGCGGUCACAGGAGUCUGGUGAACAAGUGGACCACUUUCCUCAAGGCCCGGCUCAUGUGUUCAGUGCCCGGGGUCAACGGCAUUGAUACACACUUCGAUGAGCUGCAGGACGUGUUUCUCAUGAGCUCCAAGGACCCAAAGAAUCCAGUUAUAUACGCUGUGUUCACCACAUCCAGUAACAUCUUCAAAGGCUCGGCAGUGUGCAUGUACAACAUGGCAGACAUCAGGAGGGUUUUCCUGGGUCCCUACGCCCACAGAGACGGACCCAACUACCAGUGGGUGCCCUUCCAGGGGAGGGUGCCCUACCCCCGCCCCGGCACUUGCCCCAGUAAGACAUUCGGAGGAUUCGACUCCACCAAGGACCUUCCCGACGAUGUCAUCACCUUUGCCAGGGGUCACCCCGCCAUGUACAACCCGGUGCACCCGAUAGGCGGGCGUCCCAUCAUGGUGCGAACGGACGUGGACUACCAGUUCUCCCAGCUGGUGGUGGACAGAGUGGAGGCGGAGGACGGACAGUACGACGUCAUGUUCAUCGGGACGGAUGUGGGCACAGUACUGAAGGUGGUGACAAUUCCCAGAGAAAGCUGGCAUGACCUGGAGGAAGUGGUGCUCGAAGAGAUGACUGUCUUCAGGGAACCCACUCCGAUUACCGCCAUGGAGCUGUCCACCAAGCAGCAACAGCUGUACCUCGGCUCUGGCCUGGGCGUGUCGCAGAUGUCUCUGCAUCGCUGCGAGGUGUACGGGAAAGCUUGCGCCGAGUGCUGCCUGGCCCGGGACCCUUACUGCGCCUGGGACGGCAGCGAGUGCUCGAGAUACUUCCCCACCGCCAAGAGGCGAACCAGGCGCCAGGACAUCCGAAACGGAGACCCCCUCUCCCAGUGCUCAGAUCUUCAGCAUCAUGACGAUACGGACGGCUUAGGAGGCAGCGUGGAGGACCGGGGAGUGUACGGCGUGGAGAACAGCAGCAUGUUCCUCGAGUGCAGCCCAAAGUCUCAGAGAGCGCUCAUAUACUGGCAGCAGCAGAAGCCCAACGACGACCGCAAACACGAGAUCAAGCUAGAUGACAGGGUGCUGCGCACAGACCAGGGCCUGCUCAUACGCAGCCUCAUCCAGUCCGACACCGGUAUCUACCACUGCCAGGCGGUGGAGCACGGCUUCAUCCAGCCCCUGCUGAGCCUCAACCUCCAGGUCAUCCCCGCCCAGAAACUGGGGGACAUCCUACCGGGACUCCCCAGUGCGGGAGGCGGGGUCGGUCACUCUCCCAAGCACAGGCUGUGGUAUCGCGAUUUCCUCUCCCUCUUGGACCACCCGGACCUCCACAGCGUGGAAGAGUUUUGCGACCGAGUUUGGAAGAAAGACCGCAAGCAGAAGAGGGGGAAGGCGCCCAACGGGAACGGCCAGGGCAAAGCCGACGGCGCCGCCCUGCGGCCUAAGGCUUUGGCUCCCAACGCCCAGAAGCAGCAAGCCAGCCCACCUCAGAGCAGGCCGGGUCCCCCCCAGGCCGAAGGGCCGACAGCGGAAGGGUCGGCACGGAGCCAGACUACCCAGAAGGCGCAACCGAAUCUGGGGAUGUUGAGCGUUGAGGGCGAGGCACCCAAGAACAGUAAGAAGACGCAAAGCGGCCAGAAGGGGCAGGGCGGCCAGGCUGGUUCUCAGGCUGCGGGCGGGUCCAGGGCGAGCAGCCAGCACGCAGCCAAGUGGCGACGGAUGCAGGAGAAUAAGAAAGGACGCAACAGGAGGACCCACGAGCUUCAGAGACCCCCGCGAAGCGUUUGAGAGAAAAGGCGCGGACGCACACACCUGCGACCGGACCCACGCGAACAAGCACAAAGCCACACGCAUCCACACGUAGACACGCAAACACCUUCUGUAGACUGUGUGUCCAACGUAAGAUUCAUUGACCUCGCCGUGACAACAGCAGAACAAACACCCGUGAGAAAAAAAACAAAACAAACAGCUGCACAUUUUUAGAUAUAUCCACAUAGAGCCGUACACAAAGUCACAUAACUUGUGAGAGAGCGUAGUGAUCAACAGAGGACUGUCGAACUGGAACGCAAACUGUAAGGCUGUGAGGAUGUGGCCGGUUUCCUAGGAUACCGCCUGGCAGACACUUCAACUUCCUGUACAUAAGCUACUAAAAUAAGACUGGGACAAAAACAUGCUUGGCGAGGUGUUUGCUGGUACGCAUAUGGGCUUAGUAUGCUGAACGGACAGUCCUGGAGACAUUAACAGAUACACAGACACUAUCCAUCCCUUGCAACCGGCUGUCCUCUUUGACCUGAGCAUGUGAACGGCAAGACUGUGGCUACGGAAUGGAUGAAAAAAAGUAAAAAGAACUCUUAUUUUGAAGAACUGUUUGAGGAGAAAAGAACCAUCCGUCUAGUGUUUGAUGUGAAGACUGACGACAGCACCGUGAAAAGGGAAGGGGGGGGGGUGGCUUUCACCACUGUCGCUCGUAAAACAAAUAGAAGCAUUAUUACGUGCAGAAACUGCAAAGUCGCACUACGGUUUAGACAAAGUGCUUCACCAGAACCAUCUCCGCCUAAGGCUGGAGAAGCAUUGUGCAUGUUGUUGUCAAUCAAUGUUUUAAUAAGCUAGUUAUUUUAUGGAAUUCUAAAAGCUUUUUUUUUUUUUUUUUUACACACCCUACCUAAAGAAAUGUUACUUUUUUAUUUUAUAUUUCCUUACCUUUCCAGACCAGUGCUUCUAUUUUGGGGGGCUUGUACGCAACAUAGUAGUCUCAUUGUUCAUUAUCCCUUCUGCUCUUGAGGAUUCUGUGUAAGUUAUUAUGGUGUUGCUUUUUCUGGGAUUUAUAGAAUCUGGGCACGAAUUCCAGCUGUAGGCUAUGCUUAAAAACCCAGUCUGAUAUAGACUGCCAGUUGUUUUGUGUACAUAUAUACAACAAACUUAACUCUCUGUGUAUAUACAGUACAUAUACAGUACAAGAACACCACUUGAUUAUUAUUUAUUGCUCAUUGUUUUGUGAAAGGGUUGCAUUUAUUUUUGAUAUUAUGGUGUUUUUGGCUCAUCAAUAUAUUGGAGACAUAAUGGUAACAGCAACUGAGAAAACUUUGAUGGACCAACUGGUUAAAAGAAUGUCAAGGAAUCCCUUUUUAGGGACAAAAGGGUGAAAAUGACUCAUGAGCAUGAGUACAGGGAUGUGUGUCAUUGCCACAUUUCUGACCAACGAAAAGCACAAUUUUGUCUCUUUUUUUUGAAUGUCAUAACAGAUUUCAUAACGUUUUAUUUUCUCCCAAGAUCAUCCAACAUGUCUUUGUUCAUCCAGUGUCCAUUAUGUGUAAGAUAAUUCCCCAAAACUGAAAAACAUUAGCUGUGAAACUCUGUAAGAAAUAGUGGAGAAAAAAGUUAAAAUUAGUCUGAAGGAGAAGACACGUUAUACUGCAUGUGAAUGCUACAGUAAGUGCAUCUUUUUUAUCGUCUCUUUACGUGUUUUGUGUGAGAGGUAAAGUUCCUUUAACGCAAAGUGUGAGGUUUUUGUUUUUGUCCUUUUGCCAAAACAGUGAUAUUAACAACCCAUGAUACUCUGGCCAAAGCUGUUUAAGAUCCAAGCUCCUUAAACCUCGAUACAACAAUGUUACCCAUUUCCCCUGAUCCCUUAUUACACGACAAGAGUAAUGUGUCAAUGCAAUAAUUUAGAACUCGAUAGUGUUUUUCUACCAGUACUCCAAAGUUUGGUGUGUCAUCGAUUCGGGUCUCUCCCUCAGAGCUAUUAAAGCGAGAGAGCUGAAAGUUACCGCUGCUGUAGCACAGUUCUUUCUGGCAUGCAUUCAGUUGUCUAAAUAAACAUCUCCGUUACAAAAAAACA